GAAUUGGGAAGACGUUGCCCCUAUUAGACAUGUAAUGAAUAUCAAAAGCGGAGACAGACUCUUCACAAUUGCAUCAUGUGGUGCCAAUGCUAUGACCCUUCUACUCGAUGAUCCUGCUGAAGUUGUGGCUCUUGAUUUAUCAAUUCCACAGCUACAUUUGGCAAAGUUACAAGCAGCUUGCACUAAACACCUGUCAUACAAAGAAUUUAUUGACUUCACCGGAAUAGACAGGGAAAAUGUCAAACCUCAGGAGCGAAUCAGAAUAUACAAUGCCAUUAAAUUAGCCCUUGAACGGCCAACGCAGGAGUACUGGGACUCUCGAAUAGAAGCUGUUGAAUUUGGUGUCAUGCACUGCGGCGAGUUUGAAACCAAAAUUCGUACUGCAGCUGAGGAUUUUUUCUUUGUUGCCCUGGAUCAAGCGGACAUCAAGAGAUUCAUAUCGAUGGGAGACGAUAUGAAGGAGCAAUCUGAAUUUUUCGAGAACGUUAUGAAUACAAAGCAUUUUCGAAGGGCGAUGAAGAAGUUUGUUCAUCGGUUCAUGUUUGAUUUCAACUAUUCGAUCAUUCCAGAUGUGGACUAUCCCACAUUCUAUGGAAGGAGAAUGGAAGAGAUUUGCAAGACUAUCCCAGCGAAAAGAAAUCAUUGUAUUGAGUAUAUGCUGACAGGUGGCUACUCGGGGAAAUACAACUUACGAGAUUAUCAACUAAAAGAGAAUUUCCAAAUAUUGAAAGAAAGGGUAAAUCGUAUGCAAUGGGUACAAGGUGAACUUACUGAUUGGCUCGGAAAAUACCCGUUGUCUAAGCAACCAAUGUUCGACGGUGUAUGUGUCUCGAAUGUAACAGACUGGUUAACAUAUGAAAAUCAUAACUCAGUCAUUCGAUCAGCAGGGAAAAUCUGCAAACCGGGAGGGCGGAUCGUGUUCUGGAAUUUGAAAGGUAUGCCGAAGGAUUGGCCUCGCGAGAUGGUUGAUAGUGUUAUCAAGGUGGAGCACAAGCUUGAAGCGGAUUCUGUUAAAUAUGACAGGAUGCCAUGGUGGGAACCACUUAGAGUGGCCACUGUCUUAUAAGAGACACUAACUCAACUAUUACGGUACAUUAUAUGUAAAAAUAAUUGUAGAAGAUUUGGGAACGAGUGCAAAGAAACAAAUUCUGACUGUCUUUCUCUGCCCUUUUCAAAUGAGCCUUUUUUGCUAUUUUUGCAAUUUUAUGCGGGUACAUGUAUUAACUCUAGUGCCAUAAUAAACCAUUAUUAAUAUGUUGCUUUCUUUUAGUUAUGCUGUAUUUGCAAACAAAUAUUCAAGUGUAUAUGUAAUGUUUUCAGCUUCAGGGUAUGGUGUCUUGGCUCCUUGAUCAGUUGAUGUGCUCACCUCUGGAAAUAUAAUUUUGCCUUAGACAUGUGCUACACCCCAUCUUUUAAACUUAUUUACAACAUUAUCAAACAAAAAAUAUCCAUUUUCACCUGUCCAGAAAGAAACCAUUUGAAGAUAUAAGGACUUGCUUUUUUCGUGAUAACUUCUCUUUUGAAAAAAAAUUUUUCAUCUUGUAACUUUCAAAAUUCAAAUAUUUUAUUUUCUCACCAUUAAGAAAUAAAAGUUCAGAUUUUUAGAUUUAGAUCAUCAAGUACAACUUUGUAAAACACUAUUUAUUUGUAUUUGUAUAUUUAUUCAACCACCAAUUUAUGCUUAACCUUCAAAAUGAAGCAAUAUUGUGGGCCUGUAUAGGUUGAAAAUAAGUUUUUAUCAUGAUUAGAUAUUCAUGUAGCUUUGGAUUCACUGAGAACUUAGAUUAAAUGCCCUUUCCUCUGAACCACUUUUCUGAGCCUUUGAGUUAAUUUAAUUUCUUGCUUAUCUUUAAACAAAUUUUCUUAAUUUUUUCAACACAAGGAUGUUUGUUACCAUUCGUGUAGAUUAUUGCAUAUAUGUGCGCGACGACUAAAAUUUUAUUUGAAAUGAUGUCACAUUUUUAAAUAAAGUCCUUCGAUAUCUACUUUUUGAAAUUAUAUUGAAAAGUUUCAUAUUUUGAUAACAUUGGCUAGGACUAUAAGAUAAGCCAAACUGAUUUAAACUUUGGAUAGGGCCUUUAAUUUCCUUUUGUAUACUGUAUAAGUGGUAAUUUUGCCUAAUCAUUUAAUUUGCCUAUUUCCUAAUUUUUGCCAGGUUCGGAAAAUUAAAUGUCGGAAAUAUUGUCUUUAUAAUGUUAUUCAAUGGGAGGUUUCUUGUCAUUAGGAAAAUUAAAAUUAGGAAAAUGAUGAAAUUUGACCAUUCGGAAAAUUAACCACUCGGAUUAAAUACCACUUAUACAGUAAUGUAGACAAAGAGGGACAGAAUGGAAUGGUCUCAACGCAACGUGUUGUCAAGUUACCGUGGAGCUUUCUAGUAGCAAGCAUUGCUAAGAUAUAUAUAUAUUAUUUUCUCCUUAUGUAAUACUCAAAAACCCUAUAUUUUUCUAUCUCAAAUUGUUACAUUAAAAGGGAGCAUUAAAAGUAAAACAUUUUGACAAAUUCAGAAUGCAGAUCACGUUUACUAAUACAUACAGUCCGACCGGGCUCAAUUUUCAUGGUUUUUGUUUACAUUUCUUAACAGAAUUCAUUUUGUGGAUGUAUGCCAAAACAUGUGGAACAGUAGAAAAGAGGAAUGUAAAUAGUUAAUGUCUAUCCCAACACCUCACAAUGUGAAUACUCUUUCUUGGUCCUUUUAUUAUCUCUCAUUGAGCUAUAUGUUGAAAAACACUUAAAAUUUUUAACAUCUACUAUUCCGAACGCAGCUUUUGGCUUGUCCCAGAGUCGUUCAGAUAAGACAGGACGGGUUUUGCAAAGUUGUUUUAUAAUUUGUUGAUUUUUUUAACAGAGGUUUCAUUAAAAUAUGCAAGUGAUAAAAUGAAACUUUAACAGUCUCUCCAAGGGCUCCUAAAAGGGGUCCACACUGUAUAAAAUAAAGAAUAUUGCUUGCAAAUAA